CUUUUUAUGGAGCAAGAGGAAAAUGCGAAUAGAAUUAGAAAAAGAAAUUUAAAUUUAUUAAGGAGGAGAUACUCAGGAUCCAUUUGAUAUUCCAGAUAAUAUAUUUCGAAAAUUGAAUAGAUUAUCUAAAGCAGCAACUGUGCAAUUAAUAAAUGAAUUAAUACCUUUUAUGCCAGUUGUACAAAGACAAACUGCAAUUCCUCCACAUUUACAAAUAUUUGCAACGCUCCAUUUUGUAGCAUCUGGAUCAUAUAAAAGAAAAGUAGGACAAGACUUUUUAUCGCAUGAGUCAGACUUCUAUCUUUGUGUCUAUUCAUGCUACAAUAUAUGCAUUAAAUAGAAUUAUGGGACAAUGGAUCCAGUUUCCAACAACAAAAAGAAGAAAACAACAAAUUAAACGAGAAUUUUUUGAAAAAACUGGAUUCCCAGGAAUAAUUGGAGCAAUUGAUGGAACGCAUAUUGCCAUUUUUGCACCAAAUAUUGUACGAGAACAUCUCUUCAUCAAUAGGAAACUAUAUCAUUCAUUAAAUGUGAUGAUUGUCUCUUCUUAUAAUAAUGAAAUAUUAUCGGUAAAUGCAAGUCACGGAGGGAGGACGCAUGAUUCAAGAGUUUUUCGUUCAUCACGUUUAUUCAAUUAUUUAAAAAGGCAGCAAGAAGCAGGCGAAAGAGGAUCAUGGCUUAUAGGAGAUUCUGCCUACCCGCUUAAGCCUUAUCUUUUAAAACCAUUUCUAAAUGCACCUAUUAAUUCUCCAGAGUAUAGAUAUACUGAACAUUUUACAAGGGCACGAUCUUCUGUCGAAAGAUGUAUAGGUGUAUUAAAAGGACGAUGGCGAUGCUUACGAAAAGAAAGGGCAUAGCAUUAUCAACCAGAAUUUGCAGCUUUUAUUAUAAAUGCGUGUUGUAUUCUACACAACAUUGCAAUAAAAUGGAGAAUCCCUCCAAAUGAAAUAUAUUUAGAGGACAUAGAUAUACAAGCACCAAUACCGUACAAUGGUCUAAACAAAAAUAACACUGAACAAAUACGAAGAGAUGUUGUGCGAUGGUAUUUUCAAUAGUUCAUUUUAAACA